AUUUCUCUCUCUCUCUCUCUCUCUUUCUCUCGUUCGUUCUACAUCUCCCUUUCUUCGGCACCGUUAUUGGAACGUAGCGGAGGGCCAGGUAUCGCGACGCCUCGAUACACUCGAGACGGUUUUCUACCGUGGCGAAGACUCUGCCAACGUGAUCAUGCCAGAGAGAAGCUGAUGAAUUUCGACGAUCGCAAUGAUGUGACAAUAAAGAUACCUCUUUCUAAUCUCGAUUAUUUCGGGGAAUUGUCCCUGUUAUACAGUGCUUCCCAAACUCAUACCAUAAAGAGAACACGAAGAUCGCGAAAACCACCGGAAACGGUAUUUCGAAACUGGUGCCAAAAGUCGACAGACAAGCCAAGUGAAGUUCGUAUAGUGUGUCAAAAAGAAUUAAAAAGAGACGUCUAACGAAGGAGACGUAUAACGAAGUAAAAUAAAUUACAAAAAACAAAAACAGAUAGAAAGAAAGAGAAGAGAACAUACAUAUACAUAUACAUAAAUAAGAGAUCGUUUGUCGUUGGAAAAAAAGGAAAAAAAGAAGAAAAAAGUAACGACGGUGUAACAUAACGAUUAAUAAAAAAGACAAAGGUAAAUUUAAUAAAAAGAGAAAUAUUUGGUUAGAGAGUAAAAGAAGGAUAGGAUCGCGAGAAAGGUGUGGUAUUGAGUGGAGGUGGAGAGACGUGAAAGAGGAAUUAGAAAAGGAGCGAUAGAAUGGGCAACAAGCUGUCCUGCAGUUGCGCUCCUCUUAUCAGAAAGGCAUAUCGUUACGAGGAUUCCCCAUGGCAGACCGGAGCCAGGGGUGGAAUCGGCGGCGGUGGAGGGCGCAGGGGUGAUACUGGCCACUUGCUCAGGUGCGGAAGCUUAAGAGAGAGGAAGAGGCUAUGGGCCGAAGUUUUCCAUGUGAGUGCCAGCGGAGCCGGGACUGUUAAAUGGCAGCAGGUCUCGGAGGAUCUAGUUCCUGUUAACAUCACUUGUAUCCAAGAUUCGCCGGAAUGUGUUUUCCACAUAACGGCAUACAACAGUCAGGUCGAUAAGAUUUUAGACGUGCGGUUGGUACAACCAGGUACGAGGAUCGGUCAAGCGUCAGACUGUUUUGUUUAUUGGAAGGAUACUAUGACAAAUGAUACAUGGGGCUUGAAUUUUACUUCCCCCAUAGACGCUAAACAAUUUAGAGAAUGUUGCUCACCAUCGUUCAAGAUUUCAAGGAAAGCGUCCUCUUCUUACUCGUUGAAGCUCGAACCACCGAACAAGCAGAAAAUCAAGACGCGUCGAAAGCCAGUCUCUACUCCUGCAUCGCCUAGCAGAUCCAGAGAACCUCAGUGCACGUGUAUGCCCCCGGAACAAUUUGCCAGAUUACGAAAUCAAGACGCCAGAUAUCGAGGUUCCUGUAGUGCUUCGACGCUUCCAAGAACCAUGGUACGAUCAACGGAAAUAGAACCAGGCCGUGAGAAAAUAACGGCGGCCACAUCGAGCGCGUCGUUGUACGAUAAUGUUAACAACGCGAAUGCAACGCCAGGAAAAACGCCCAAGGGUAGCGAGACGAGUAAGCCGAAGGAGAAACAGAAUGAGACGUGUCAGACAACACCAAAGACCGCGAACGUUGGCAUUGGAACGGUUACUGUUGGAUCGCAGAUCGACAGUCCGGAAGAAAAAGGUUCGACGAUUUCACCAAAGAAGUCACAAAAAAGUCAAGACACAUCCACUCAACAGAACGGUAGUGAAACUUUGAAAUCCGAAGGGACGCAAGCAGGUGGUACGCUUCAGAAUAAAACCUUACGAAAGGAGCAGCUUCAUCACACGAAGUCGGCCGAUUACACAGAAAUGGAGAUGCAGAACGGUAACAUCUUCAAUAUCGUGAAUAACAACAACACCGGACGAAAAUUAAAGAGCAAGAGCACUGACGAUAUGAGAAUCGAGAACGCACAGAAUGGCGGAAUCAGUUUAGAUUCUAAUACGCUGAAGAGAAUGUUGAAACCAAUGUCGAGCAUCGAUAGUCCCGUGACGUCACCCGAAAUGACGAGAAAGAGGCAUAGUCAUCAUAGCUAUCAUUAUCACCCGAGUAAUAAUAAUCAGAAGUAUGUUAUGCAGGAGGCAGAAAACGAGAAUUAUUCGCAUCCUUAUCGUGCGCCAUAUAACAACAAGUUUCAAGCUUCUAGAAGUGUUCACGACAUGGGCCAACAAUAUCCUGGCGGCAGAGGCAGGACGUACUUAGAUUCGGAACAUAAUCGGUGCACAGGUGAUAUGUCCCCGCCUUCGGAUAACGUCAUUUUCGAUAAUCAAUGUUACGCGACAACACCGAGUUCUUCCAAUGGUAACUCGGAUAUGGAACAACCGAAUCAUUGCAACUCUCGUCGUUGCAACAUCGGCCAGACAUAUCAACAGCAAAAUAUGCAGUCGGUUUCGACACCUGGGAGCCCUACCAGUAGGCUUCUUUUAGAAUACGAAAGACAUCUGAGAAAUACUCUGGCCAAGGGCAUGGAUGCUGAAAGUUAUAGCUUGCGUACAUUCGAGGCUUUGCUGACUCAGAGUAUGGAGAACCUGGAAUUGGCUGAGAACAUCCCUUUGAACGUUCAACGCACACCGCACGUUUCGCGAAGACGAUUGAGUUCGAACAAAUCAUCGACGUUACCGCUGUCGUAUCGUUAUUGUAACGAGAGACAAAACAGCAAAGAUCGGGACGGCUAUUACAGCGAUCGAAACGAGAUAAUAAGGGAAAAGAGAGAACGAGAGGUGGAUCGUGAUCGCGGCUACCUCAGCGAUUACAAUUCUCGAUGCGCCAGCUGUAUCGGGGAAUCGGCACGUGCUCAGUGGUUUAGGCAUUCGGAUGGUUGGCAAUCCGGAAGUUCGACGCUCGGUUCAGGUGCAUCCAGUUCAAUAAAUCCAGGUUAUUCGAGUUAUAAAAGAGAAUCUCCAUGGGACUCAUUGCCCUCCUUGAGACACGAAGGGAGUCUCAACGAUAGCGGCUACAAGUCCAAUCGAACGGAUUCCUUGGAACAAAGAGGUACUUUUGACAGACAGGACAGCGUUCGUUCCGAUUAUAUGUCCGAUAGAGAUGGUAGAUAUGGAAUCGUUCAACAAGCAUCCUUGGAGAGCACGGACUCGAGGCUUUGUUACUUGACGUCUUCGGAGAUGUCGGACGACGACAGAAUGUCUCUUACGACCGCGGUCAGCGACGACGACGAUGGUGAAAGUGUCAUAAAUUCGCCCUAUCGAGGAAAACAAACUGGAACUGCUGCGGCUUCAUUCAAUUGCACCGGUGCAGUUAGGAAAGCAGGUUUCCUCAGCGUGAAGAAAUGGUUGUUACGUAAGAAGCAUCAAAUUGAGCUUGCAAGGAAAAGAGGCUGGAAGGGUUACUGGGUCUGUCUGAAAGGGACCACGCUUCUUUUCUACCCUUGCGAUUCGCAAGAAAGUAGAGCCAUGGAAGCGGCACCUAAGCAUUUAAUUAUCGUCGAUGGUGCUAUUAUGCAGCCAAUUCCGGAGCACCCAAAGAGAGACUACAUAUUUUGCCUGAGCACCGCUUUCGGCGAUGCUUAUCUUUUUCAGGCGCCGUGUCAAGUAGAACUCGAAAACUGGGUGAAUAGCAUACAUUCUGCCUGUGCAGCCGCAUUCGCUCGCCAUCGUGGUAAGACCGGGACUUUACAUCUUCUGCAAGAGGAGAUCUUUCGUUUGGAAAAGGCGAUAGAAUCGGAUCAUAAGAUGAAACACAUGGCCGAUCUUCAGCAAUCCGUCGUGUCCGACGUUGAGACGAAGCAACAAAUCAACAAUCAAAUAGUACAGUGGGAAGAAAAUCUGGAACGUCUUCAUUGCGAGCAAUUCCGUUUGAGAUGUUAUAUGGCCAGUUUGCAGAGCGGGGAAUUACCUAAUCCGAAGAGUCUACUGACACACGUAUCUCGCGCGACGAAGCAGACGUUGAACAAAUUGGGUGUCUUCACCGUGUCGUCCUUCCAUGCAUUCAUUUGCGCACGAAGUCCCUCAUUAUUGAACAAUUUGUUAGCCGGCCGUGGCGCUACCAAGAGAAGACCACCACUUUUAUCUAGGUCGAACAGCGGAUCUAGUCGAAGGUCACUCCAAAUAUCCUCUAGAGACGAAGAGAAGACUGUUAAAGUAUCCGUGCCGGAUAAUCAGCUUGUUUCGGUUUUUCUACGCGAUGCUAUGACGGUAGAAGAAUUUUUAGCGAGUGCCUGUAACAGAAAAAAUCUCAAUCCGAUGGAACACUUUGUACGGGUGAAGAAACGACGUGACAUGGAGGACCACAACUAUUUUGUACCACAUAGAACCGAUCUGAUCGAAACUUAUUUACAUACGCACGAGAUCGUCGAGGUCUGCGCAAAGAUCUUGUAUCAGGUGGAAUUGCAAAGGAACACCUUGGAACAAAUGUGGGGCUUCUCCGUGGAGGCCGAACUCAUCGAAAAUUCUGAUCGACAGGACGAGCUUUGCUGUUACGUUAGCAGAGUCGAAGAUAAAAGUGUGGCUAUGCAGAACGGCAUUAUUAAGGGCGAUGAGAUAAUGGUGAUCAACGGUGCAAUAGUAAGUGACUUGGAUAUGAUGUAUUUGGAAAGCGUUCUCCAAGAAGAAGUCGGUCUCUGUAUGAUGAUGAGAUCUUCGAGAACCGAACCACCGGAUCUUACCGGCAUCAUGAGAGUCACCGACGAUAUCAUCGAAAGCCUGGUUUGUCCUCCUCCACCUUCCGAUCCACCAGUCAUAAGCGAGGAAAUGAUAUCCGGCCUGAUAGUACCAGCUCCCGGAUGGAGCAAAGAAAGUCUCAUGCAAGAGUGUACGACGACCUCGCACAUAGAAAAUGGCAAGCAAACGUCAAGAACGAAUUCAUUCGAGAUUGAGAAUUUAUUAAAAACGGCGGAACAAGUAACGGGUAUUUGCCGAUCGCCCGGUGAGACCAGAAAGUCGAGUCCCACCGGAAGCGUCGUGAGUACGCAUUCACAAGCAUUAACACCAAGUAGGCAGCUGAGCGACGCUGAAAAACUAAAGAAAGUGAUAUUAGAACUGAUCGAGACUGAACGAACUUACGUAAAGAAUUUAAACAAUUUGCUGGAAAACUAUUUAGAGCCCCUUAAACGCGAGACCUUCCUAUCGAACGCCGAGAUAAAUGCACUUUUUGGAAAUAUCCAGGAGAUAGUCACGUUUCAACGGCAGUUCCUGCAAAAUCUUGAUCACGCAAUUGAGAUGGAGACGGACUUUAACAGCUUUGACCAUCCUAGUCAAUUUAAGGGUGUUCUGUUUUCCAUUGGAAGUGCCUUCUUAUAUUACGUAAAUCACUUCAAGCUGUACAGCUCGUUUUGCGCCAGCCAUUCGAAGGCCCAAAAAGUUUUACAUCCAAACGAAGGAAAUCAAGCUUUACAAGAGUUUUUGCAAGCGAGAAAUCCGCGUCAGCAGCACUCCUCGACAUUGGAAUCGUACUUGAUAAAGCCCAUUCAAAGAAUACUCAAAUAUCCGUUGCUUUUGCAACAACUUCGAAAUCUCACAGACGAGCGAAGCGAAGAGCAUCAACAUUUGAUAGAGGCCCUCAAAGGUAUGGAGAAAGUGGCGGAGCACAUUAACGAAAUGCAAAGGAUUCACGAGGAAUACGGAGCUAUUUUCGAUCAUCUCUUCAGGCAACAUCAAAAAUCUUGCAAACAGCCAAUCGAUUUGAGUCCUGGAGAUCUUUUGUAUUAUGGCGGUGUCGAAUGGUUAAACAUUUCGGACUUUCUUGGAAAGAUAAAGAAAGGCUUGGAAUUGCACGCCAUGUGUUUCGUUUUCAAAUCCGCUGUCGUGUUCCUGUGUAAGGAGAGAUUAAGACAAAAGAAAAAGCUCAUGGGAGUUUCCACGAAAGCGAAUUCCAGCGAGGUGGAAAUAAUUCGUUAUCAAGUUUUGAUUCCCGUUACCGAAGUUCAAGUAAGAGCCAGUUCAGCUAAAGAUAUGGAAUCGCAUUUCCUAUGGGAGUUGAUACAUCUCAGAAGUCAAUUACAGAGAAGAUCGGAAAAAGUAUAUGUACUUUCCAAUAGUACGACGGAAUUUAGAAAUGCGUUCCUAAAGACAAUUCGACAAAUCAUACGAGAAUCGGUCCGAAAUAUGAGCAUCCCUUCGACGAAACAAAAUCUAAAUCAACCACCGAUUACGAUCGCACCUCGAAUGUCGACUGGCCAUGUAGAAAAAUUUGAAAAGCAAGCGGCUCAGGUGCAAGGUCAAAAUGGCAAUGGUAACACGAUAGUAGCUACGGGAACGUUGUCGAAAAAAGCUAUAAAACAGCAAUUGUUAAGCAAUUCGCACAAUGCCAAGCGAAAGUACAGUCAUUCUAAGCAAUCGGUGGAGCAUGAGAGUUCGGAAGACAAAGAUAUGGAGGAAACAGCUAUAAGUCAACAACAGAUAAUCUUUCGUACGAGAAGCAAGACCAUAAGCGAUACUUCAGGCGAAGUAAAAGUUGAAAUGGACUCGGGGACGAAGUCAGAAGGAGAGGAGGACUCUCAAGCUUUUUUAGGCGAGAAGAAGACUAAUCUGGGCCGUACACCAAAUCAUUUAACACUGAGCACUACUUCGACCAUUUCCGCAGGUAGUACUGGCAGCCAAGCCAGGCUCAUUCAGUCUUCUCAUCAGCCAGAGAAUUAUCAACCCAUUGCAGUAAAAGAGCUUGGUUCGCCAAUUUGGAAGCCCCGAGAAUUACCGUCGCUCGGGGAGGCGACGACAUUACCAAGAAAGGGUAAGUCGGCCGGCGAGUUCACGGACAUGACCUCGAGCCACAGCGCCUCACGGAAAUCUCUCAUAGAGAUCAGCAAUUGUGCUCAACAAUCUAAUUUUAAUAAUCACGUUUAAGUUUCAAACUAGUCAGGGACUAACUCGUUAAAUAAAGUAUCUGUUAAGUUCGAAUUAUCGAACGAACGAUUACUCUGCUAAUGCAUAAGGCCAGACGACGACAAGUAAAAGGGUAGAAGAAAAGAGAAAGAUAAAGAAAGAGAAAAUGAGAGUGAGAGGCUGAUGAUAGUAAGAAAGGCUAAGAAACACAUCAAGUUAUCACCAAGUUUAAUAAGCCUGUGAUUUAAUUAUGAAAUCUCGCUCGCCGCCCACGCGGUACGCAUAAACGAAACAAAACGAAGACAAAAUCCGCUCCUCCUACUGCAAAAUGUGGUACACAUACUUCUUCCUUUUUCUCAUUUUGCUCUUCCAAGUAACAACAACGUUAUGUCGUCGGACAUCUCUCAUCGUCAGUGCCGCACGAUCUUCGCCAUUCCCCCAAAAUACGUACGUAUUUUUACGUAUCACAGUUUACGCAACAUAAAAUGUCCGAUAUUAUGUUCCGUAUACACACGUAUUUGAAUAAAAUUCGAUUAGAAUUCUCGUGUUUGCAAUAAGAGAAAUCGCGAGAAAAUAAAUCGGUCACUUUUUACUUUACGUCGACAAUUUCCUUGCUCGAUCGUGUUCAUAGAUCGUGUCACUCCCGAUCCGGUUUCUCUCCGUUUAUUGUCCGACGGCGCGUCCAUCCGUGAUACGGUAUCGUUGCCGCUCGAAAAACAUCAUUAACGUUAAUCGCCGUGAACCGAAAAGUAUUCACGGGGAAUGUGAGAAGGAAGCGGAAUAUCAAGCGCCAGCGCGAUAAAUUAUUAGAGCGCGUAAACGCUCUCGCAUCGCAUGCGAGAUUCUUUGUCGUCCCUUUUUCGUUUCCGCACCUACGUUCCUACGUAACAUAUUACUCUGAUAGGGUAACUUCCUUUUUCAAUCGCCGUUAAAGGGAAAAAAGAAGAAAGAAGAUAAAAAAAAGACGAGAUAACACUUCCUUCCACUUUCACGAGUGUUUCUCCGCGUGGACGGCAAAGUGCAGAGCGUCAGCCGAUCGACCCUGUGUAUAUAUUGUAAUGAUGAUGAUGAUGAUGAUGAUGAUGAUGUCCUUACAAUUACAACUUAAUUAUUAUUAUCGUCAUUAUGUAUUUUGUCAUUAUUCUUACUACUUUUAUCAUCAUCGUCGCUAUCGUUAUUAUUUAUAAUUACUUAUUAUUAUUAUCAUUAUUAUCAUUAUUGUUAUUAUUAUUAUUAUAAUUAUUAGUAUUCGCCAUUGGCAUUAUCGUGAUCGUCGUCACGUCGAUGAUCAUUAUUAUUAUCAUUAUUAUUACACACUAUAACGAAGGACAAGUCUUAAAGAUCUGAGAAAAACGACGAUGUACCGAGUAAUUAUAGCGAUAUAAAAAAUCAAUUAAAAGAAGUCGUAUAUAUUAUAUAUACAAAUAUAUAUAUAUGAUUAUGUAUUUGUAUAAUAUAUACGUAUAUAUAGAUAUAUAUAUAUAUAUAUAUAUAUAUAUAUAUAUAUAUAUAUUAUACAUAUGGGAACUAAGGGGGUUGGGAUAGGGGAAGUUUAUGAAUUUUAUUGUUCGUCGACCACGGUUUCCCCGGGUUAGUUUCGCAAAAAAAAAACCAAAAAAAUAAAGACAGAAAAAGAAAGAGAGAAGGGGGGAGAGAGAGAGAGAGAGAAAGAGAGAAUAUGCAUUGACUCGCUUUCGAACUCGGACUUCCUCACCGAUAUAGCAGACUUUAUUUUUAACGUUACUUAUAAUAUAUAAAAAGAAAAAAAAAUGAAAUGGUUUGGAUGGACGAGGUCGAAUGCGAAUUUCUUACUGAGCUCGUCGUAAUACGUGAUAAAGGAAAAAAUUAAUAAAUAGAAAAAGAUUAAAAAAAGAAACAAAAGAGAAAAGAAACAAAAGUAAACGAAAGAGAGGAAACAAUCUUAAAGGAGCUCAUAGAAUUUAUUAUUAAAGAAAGAAAAAAAAAAAAAGGAAAAAAGUAAAAGAAAACUGAUAAAUUAAACUGCGAAACGAACGAGCACGAGGAACACCAAAAGCAUCGGCACAGAACUAAACGACAUCUGAUAUAUAAACACGUUGUUAAUGGGUAUUACAAUAAAUUUAAGCCGAUAUCGAAGGAUUAAUUCGUGUAAAUUAGACGACAGAAAGUAUCCACAUAGAUGAAUACCUACAACCAAAAAUAUAUAUAAAUAUAAAAAUACAGAUACACACAUACGGAUACAUAUACGUACACUCAUAUACACGUUAACAUGCGCGUGAAACGAGAUGGAACCAGCCACACACACACACACACACACAUACACACACACAAAUCUACACGGACUCGUUUCGCGCAAACAUUCUUACUUAUAGACACGCAUACACGUUUAACACAUAACUUGGAUUAAUAGAUGACAUUAAUUAGGGAAAUCGCGCGUGGCACGGCCGAACCGCCGAAUCGAUUCUAUCGAACGAACGAAAUCGCGUGAUCUUCUUUGUCGGUAAUAAAUAAAAAAAUUGAGAGAAAGAAAGAGAGAGAAAGAGAGAUAGACAGACAGACAGAGAAGGACAGAGAGAGAGAGAGAGAGAGAGAGAGAGAGAGAAAGUAAGAAAGAAGAAACAACGAGCACACCGCGAGGAUUCCUCUGCGAGACAAGGAAAUGUUUCUGUCUAAUAAAUCUCUGUUCGUAUCCCUUGCAAUAUUUGUUUUUACGAAAAAUCUUUAACGUCGAUAUUCGAGUAAACAUAUAUGUGUCGUUGAUUAUGAAAUUGACCCGACGAAAUAAUUAGAAUUAAGACAUAAAAGAAGAUGAACGAUAAACAUGAUUUGUCCAUAUAAUAAAUAUCAAUUUCGACUUCCAAUUAAGAACACUUUCAUAAUUUACCGACAUAUGUUUCGCAAAAUGAAUGAUCCAAUGAUCUAUAAAUUAAUUCGUUGGGAUACGCUGCAAGAUUAGAAUUCAGUUCGUUCCUACGAUCGACAGGAGGAAUUCCCCCCAUAUAUAUAUAUAUGUAUUAUAAUAAUUCGAGUCCCAUUAAUCCACGUGAUCCGCGUUAUCCUCUGCGAUUUUUUCUUCGAAAUCGUCGAGACUCCGGCCGUACAUACGUCGCGAUAGAUUUCUAUAUGUAGGUAUGUACUACGUUCGAGUUCGUCGUUGCCAGUUUGGUUCUUCUUAACCUUGCCAUGACAAUCGUGCCGAAGAUCGUCAGCCAGUAUUUAACGAUGGACUGGAAUUAAUUAGUAAUUUAAUGGAAUUUGAUAGUACACUUAAUACUCAGACUUUGAUAUAUACUGUCGUCGCACAAUUCGCAAGGUCGAUCUUCCGUUCGAGCGUGGCGAGUAGACUGACGUCGUAGAGACGAUUUUCAUUCUUAUUUCUCUCGUAACUUAAUUAUUAUCACUUUUGUUACGUUCGUCGAAAAUAAAGGGAAAAAUACAAAAAAGAAAAAAAAGGAAAGAAAGAAAGAAAGAGGAAGAGUUAGAAAUAAAAAGUUAGAAGAGAGAGAGAGAGAGAGAGAGAGAGAGAGAGAGAUUAAAAAAUGGGGAGAAAAGCGUUGUUCGACAUUGUCGAUUCGGAUCGUUAUUACAUUAGGAAUUAAAUGAUUGCGCGACAUUGAUGUUUGGAUACGUCACUCGUAAGCAUAAUAUAAUACAUACAUAUAUACAUACAUACAUACAUAUAUAUUAUAUAAGUCGGUCAACAAUGCCGCGCGCGACGAGAGGAGAAAGAAAGAGAGCACGCGAUUAUGUUAGUGUGAUUCGAAGUCGGCCGAUCUCGUCAAAGCGUCAUGGAUAUUAUCUGCAUAGACAAAUCCAGACCAAAAAGGAUUUCUUUUUCUUUAUUAUCCUAUAAUGCCAAAUGAAAAUUCCGUAUUUAACGUACUCCAUUCUAAGGGAAUACGAACAUUUUCUUUUUGCUCUUCGAGAUCUACGGGGAACAAAUAUCAAACUCGAUGUUAUCUCGAACUCGAAUGUGUAACGCAAAUUUAACGAUACUCGCAAAUAAGGAUCUCUUAAUAAUGAAAAAAAAAAAAAAAAAGAAAAAAAGCAAAAAAUGAAAAAAAAAAAAGGAAAAAAAGACAAAAAAAAUCAAGAAAGAAAGAAUAAAAAUACAGAAGAGAGCAUCGUCGUUAUGAUUUCCGUACCGAUUAGACUUCAUAACGAAUAAAUUGGCUCAUUCGAUAUUUAAUCGAUACUCGUAGAAUCCCGUCAAUUAUUAGCGUAUCCGUCGGUGAUGUAAUUAUUAUGAUGUAUUUAUUAAUAGAUCUAUACAUAUACAUAUAUAUACAGACAGACAGACAUAACUUAUAUGUAUAUUCGCGAUAUUUAAAGGCCAUUACUCUCUGUACAGGCGAGCUUAUAGAACGCCCAUUUGAGAUUGUACACUUCAUUUUACUUUAGAUUAUUCUAUCUCAAAUACGAAGCGUAUAUUUUUAUGAGACGGUACAUACAUGUGCAGGCACAUUUCAGUACAAAGUCGUCGGUGCUUAUCUCGGAUCUCAACGAAAAUUUCAUUUUUACGCGUGCGUAUUGGAGUUGGGCAAAAUAUAAUCAAUUAAUAAUCGUCGAUGAUCAUAGUAUAUUGAGUAAUCGGUAACGCAUUAAUGAAUAAUAAAAACGAACGAUAAUAAUUAAUCGUAAAAGCAUUACGGUAUUAAUUAUAAUCGACCGAAAGAAUGAGCAAUGCAUUAAAUAUUGAAAAUACACAUAAUUAUUUUCUACGCCAUUAGCAUCCAUUGAUAUCUUCCAAAAUUUCAUGAAGAUCGUAGUAAAUGUUUUUCUUCUCACGAUUAUUGGUUACCGAUUACUGAUUAUCGAUUACAAAUGAAUGAUUAAUCUCGAAGAAAAAUAUUGAUCCAUUACGAAAUUAAUUAGAAGAGUAAUCGAUUAUUGCCUUACUCCAAUGGAUGUGUACACAUUCGGUCCUUGUUCGAUCCUUAUCAGAGAAUUUGAGAAGACAUGAUCGCACACGUGCGAAAUAAUAAAUAUUGUAAAAUCGUAAAUCUCGAUGCGUAACAGGCAGGUCCCCUUGAAUAACGCGUUGAGCUUUUUCUAAUUAAAAUGGCACAAACGACAAUCUCGAUCGAAAUUCCAUUACGUUUUUAAAGACUAAAUCUCAUUUUUUUCUCCUUCUUCUUUUUUUAACGUCGGGUGCUAUUAUUUUCUUCAAGUUCACGUGAAAAGUCGCGUUCACACGAAAGUAAGAGAGAUCGAUUUAAAAAGAAAUACAGUUCUCUUUAUAGAUCCAUUAUUGACGAUCGGCCGAGUCUGGUAUCGAUAAAAAGCGCUCCAUCAAGUGCAAGCUCUUUCUUUUCUUCUUCCUUAAAAUCGGACGCCCGGUUUCACAAAGGCCUGUCAAAUCGCGAUAUUAGAAACAGGGUGUACGAGGAUCGUGAUGAGAUGCUUGGAAUGCAAAUCUCUGACAACGAGUAGCGUCGAUUGUUUUUAUAUGUUAUUGAAAGGUUCUUUCUAUUAUUUUUUUUUCUUUUUUUUUUUUUUUUUAGUUGUAAUUUGUAUAAUAAUUACGUAUAAAGUUCUACAACUAAGAGAAAUAGUUGUCAAUCGAUAUUAAGAUAUCGACAGGAAGAAUUGUUAUUUUUUCUCGGACGAUUAGAUUUUAAACGUUUGCUAUACCAUGGUCAUGUAUUUUCCAUCUCGAUGCUUCUCAAAGUCAGUUCGAAUCGCAUGACGGAAAACAAAAGGAUAAAGAAAACUAUCCAAAUGAGAGUUUUGCUGAAUAUUGCGCGAUAAUGAUCCGUAUUGUCGAUCCUAGAAAAAGUGAAAGGAAGGAAGGAAGGAAAUAAGAAAGAUGGGAGAAAAAAUGAAUGAGAGAGAGAGAGAGAGAGAGAGAGAGCAUGUGAAACACGUCGAUGAGUCAAACAUUGACGGAACUUGAUGAAGAAAAGACACUAGAGGCUGAAAACAUCGUGGAGUACUGGAGGUCCUUAGUACAUAAUUUCAAGGUCUAAGAAACCUUAACGUAGAGAUAAACGUUCGUAAAAGGAAACAAAAAAAAUGAGAGAAAGAGAGAGAGAGAGAGAGAGAGAGAGAGAGAAAUGUUCGCGAAAUAUGCGACGAGUGUGAAAAGUUUGAAGCAGAAGAUGAUUCGAUAUGUAAUAUAAAGAUACACUUAAACACACGUUCAAACCGUACAUGCAAAUGAACACGCGAUCACGGACACGUACACGGAAACACACACAAGCGCGCAUACACAAAGUAUAACUAAUUAAGGCAUCGGUUAAGAUCUGACAGCGAAAAAAAAAAUAAUAAGAAACCUACUUACUAAUUAAUAUAGGCGACACACACGUGCAGAUUUAAGAAUUUACGAAGGACCUUCUGUUGCUCGAAUUAUUGCAUUAUCUACUAUAUAUAAAUUUUAUUGUAUAAAUUCUGUCGAGGCGCGUCUCCGAGCGGGAGUCGACAUUCCUUUUUCUUCUCGUCCCAAAGUGGACGGACAAAAAAUUAGCAUCGUCAUCCGAGAAAAAAUUACUCGGUUGAUAUCCAUUCGAUCGAUAAAAUAAUAAAGAAACAUAAAGAGAGAGAGAGAGAGAUAGAGAGAGAGAGGCGUACGUACGUAGUUUGUAAACACUUCGAUAAGUCCCCAGCUUGAAUCUUCGAUGUUUAUUGAUAAACACGGUAGAAUACGUCGAUAAAAUCGCUUGUAGUUCAGCGUCAAGUAAAAAGUUUCGAGUCAUCGUACUAUUAAUUUCAAUAGCCGAUAUCGAUACCUCUCUACGAGAAUAACGUUAUCCUUUGAUUACGCUGAACUUUCGCCAUCUUGAACAUUGUGAUAAAGGAAAUACGGGCGAUUAGCGGAUUAAAUUGCGCGAUAAAAAUUAGUGAAUUUAAUUUCGUUGUCGAUUUCGCACUUAAUUAUUCCACGAGAGACGACAAUCAAUGAAUAAUUCAAAUGAAAAAAGAUACGAAAAAUAAUAGAUAGAACAAAAGGAGCUUUCUUUUUCUUUGUUGGAUAGUUCAAAAAAAAAAAAAAAAAAAGGAAAAAAAGAAAAAAAGAAAAAAAGAAGACCAAGCGAUCUCUAACGCGUCUUUCGUAGAUCGAAGAAAAAGGGAUGAUCUCAUUUGUCAAUUAUUUUUUUCUUUGCUUAGGCCUUAUUAUCGAUAUGUUUCACGGUGCGGAUACUUUUUUCCUAUCUAUACUCGACGUAUAGGUGCACGCAUUGAAAGAGUAUUCCGACACCUUCUACUUGUGAAGAAAAAAAAAUCAAGCAGGAGGCUUGAAAAUUAGUUGCUCUACUCGAUGACAAUUCGAUUCGAGUAAGAAGUAAGAAAAUCUAGGAGAAAGAGAUAGAUAGAGAGAGAGAGAGAGGGAGAGAGAGAGAGAGACAUUCUUCUUCAUAGCGAUAUUCUCGUAAUUUUUCUCAAUUACAUUUUCGGAUUUAUAGAGAAAACGACGAGUAUAACGUAUGGGAGAGAUUAUAUGAUAACGUUACGUGAAUCUUUUUCUUUCGAUUAAAACAUUAAAUGAGGAAUCUCGAAGAUGAGGACGAGCGGUUAAAGGAAUGUUCGCUGAUAAUAAAAUCUCUAGCUCGGAGACGUAUCCCAAUAGUUGGCCUAGUACCGAGUUUCAUAUUUUUCGCCCCGGUCGCAACGGAUCGUCGAACGAUUAUCGUCUAUUACAUUAUUGACAUUCUUCCAGAAAUUUUAUUGAUAUAAACUUUAUCGCUACCGUUGAACAUAAUAUAUUUGAUUAUGAUAUGGCGAUACCUUCGGUAUUAUAAUUAUGGACACCGAAUAUAUCGGGAGAUAGAGAGAGAGAGAGAGGGGGGGGGAGAGAGGGAGAGGGAGAGAGAAAGAGAAAGGAGAGAAAAAAACUGAGGGAAAACGCGAUUCGCGUCUUGUAAAACUCAGUGGAUUUGGGGGUAGUAGAUUAUAUAAAUAGGGCAUAAGGGUUGGGUAGACAAGGGGAUAGGGGAAAAAUAUUGGGGGACGGGGGGUUCGAAUGAUAACGAAACGAAGAUUAAGGCUAUGUAAAGAGACGAUGUAACGAGUCUUUCGAAAGAAAAAUCUCUUCCUUUCGUUGAUGUAAAACGUUGAAUGAUGAACCAAAGUGAAAAGAAUCUUAACUGUACGUAUGAAUGGAAAAUACAGCACAAGAAUCUCGUUUCCGUUUUCAUCUAAUUACGUAACGAUAUAUCAGUAAUGAAUAUUAUGAUUACGAUGAUUGCUGUAUUUAUUGUUAUUGUUCCUCGGUUAAGCGGAGACGUUUAAGAGUGACCCAUUUGUACAAUCAUUGAGUCAUUAAAAUAUGAUUAUUCAUUAUGGAAA